AUGACGUGGGAACCGAUCCGUCAGGGUCAUUUUGAGUUUAGACCUCCAAACUUUACCACUAGGAACAUCUCGCCAUUCAAUCCAAGUCUUCAGCCAAAGGUGGAAGAACCAGAGCCAGAACCAUUGCGAGUGAUAGAAUGGGACCAUAUGAAUCUGAAAGUGUUCUACCCUAUGGCACUGACUUCUACCUGGACUGUCAGAACAUGCCUGUAUCCGUUGGCUGUGCUACGGGCUAGAUUGCAGCUUCAGAAGCAGACUUCUGUCUACAGAAACACUUGGCACGCUUUCAAGAGUAUCGCCAAGUAUGAGGGUGCUAGGGGGUUGUAUAAGGUAGGUUUUGGCAUGAUUUUGUAGGGGCUUAUAGAUAUGUUUUUACAGUUUGUUAGUUAGCACGAGAGGAGAUUUUUGAAGGGUGGGGUAAAAUAUUUGUUUUUAUUUUUAAAUCCCCCUAUAACAAUUUACCUUUUAGGGCUUCUGGGUAACCGUCCCCCAAAUCGGUACCUCCUUCAUCUAUGCUACUGUGUACGAGAAACUACGAGCUUACCUUCUGAAUGAUCUGGGCUUUACUUCCGUCGCGGGUAUCUCAUCCAUAGCCGGUGGAGCGGCUUCGUUUUGUUCUCAAGUCAUCUUCGUACCAACUGAUGUGAUUGCUCAACACAUGAUGAUCUACAACUAUGCUGACAAGUUUGUGGGUGGCAGUGACAAGAGGAUUCUGGAGUUUCUAAGGAAUAACCAGGCUAGCGGUACACUUGGUAUUAGGACUGUGAAGGCGGUGUAUCAUUGUGAUGGAUUGGCUGGGUUUUAUCGGUAUGUUAUGGUUUGGGAACGUGGGGGGGAGGGGGGUAGGUAAAAUACGUGCCGAGAACGGAAAUAGCUUUCGUUAGCCAACUUAAAUUAAAAUGCCUAAAUUUAAAAAAUGAAAUUCAAAUUUUUUUCCAAUUUCAGUGGUUUCUGGGCUUCAUCCUUGGUAUAUGUACCAUCUUGUUUCGUAUUCUGGCCUGUCUACUAUUACGUCCAAGACCUUUUGAAGAAGAUUCAAAAUGAAAAGGGAUUCUUGUUGUUAGAUCAAGCCAUCGCGGCGACAAUCGGUGGAGCUGCUUCUACUGUGGCCACAAAUCCAAUGGAGGUAUUCAGGAUUCGAUUACAGGUGAAGACCUUUUUUAUGUUUUAAAGUACUGUCACUUUUAAAUAGUUAAAUACGCGGAAAAAACUCAAACUCUAUACAGCGAUAUCAAGUAAUAGGCAUGUUUAUAACACGACUUUAUUGUGUUUAACAAGGCCCAUAUAUAAACUUUUUUUUAUAGAUAACAUUCCCUUUUUAGGUCCACCGUUCGGACUACAAAGAAACCUUUGACAGAAUCGUCAGAAAUGAAGGAUGGACGGUGUUUACCAAGGGCCUUCCACCUCGAUUGAUCAGUAACUCCAUCUACUCUUGUGUUGUCAUGGUUGGAUACGAAGUUGUAAAACGGUUUUGUGUACUUCCAGAGUACAAGGAAGCUGUUGUGUGGUAG